UAAUCGAAUCGUAUAUAAUUCAGUUCCUUUGUGGCCGUGGUUGAGUCGAGAAGUACGGUUUUCGAGCUGUAAUCCGUCUCCGGUUCGCUACAUCCAGCAGGGCAACGAAAGAACUCUGUCCGUUAAUCUAUUUCCUGGAAGGAUAACUCGGAAGGAAUCAAAGGAUCAACGGAAAGAGCUGAGUGCGAUAAUUGUUUUGAUUAGUGACAGUUUGGCAAUUUGCUGAACUGGGAUUGAGUGAGUAGUUGAAAUUCGUACGAUCGUCGACGUACUAGUGUGAAGUGAGUGUAAGGACGAAAUGGGAACGGACAGUGAAAAGCCGGCGAAAGCCAGCGCCGAAGAGAUUGGAACUAACACCGCGGGCUUGGACGGCAUGGAGGAACUCACUAAGUGGGACAAGUUUUGCAUGCGCCAUGGAAUCAACCCCAACCUGAUUAUGCUGAAAGUUACGCUGUUUGUGAUGUAUGGAGCUACGUCGUCGCUGUUGCCCUACCUUACCAUCCACAUGCAGAGUACCGGCCUGACGGUGGAGGAAAUUGCAAUCAUCUACCUGGCGUUGCCCUUCACCACCUUCCUCAGCCCGCCGAUCACCGGCUUCCUGGUGGACAAGUUUGGUCGCUACAAGCCGGUUGUUAUUAUGAGUCUGCUGUUAAAUGCCUUAUUUCACCAUUCGUUGAUGUUGAUCCCACAGCAGGAAAUACCGGGCAAGCUACCGGAAGCUUACGUGAUGAGGCACCCGGAGACAGGAAAUGUGGAGGUUUGGUGGUCGCCUUGUCCGAGUCGCGAGUGUCCGGAAGAGGAAGAAAUUGAUGUCGUGGUGGAUCAGUGUCUGGAUCAUUGUUUACUGUUCGAGCAGAAUCCUAAAAUUGAAGUCGUCUCCCCGCCAACCUUUGCUCCCAUAUUACCGCCUGUUGAUGUGGGUGAUAAGGACGACCUUGAACUGGUUAUCAACAAAAAAAUCAAUCGGAAGAACAAGACGAUGGAUGCUCUUAGUAGUUCAACUAUAAGUCCAAGCACUACGGAAUCAUAUCUAGAUAGACAGAUAAUAAUACACGAGCCCGAUUCGGACGAAAGUGAGGAAAGCUGGGUAAUUGCGGGAAGCGGCGAUUCGGCGUUCUUCGUUCUGGAUAUGCAUCCCGAUUUGGGGGAACCAAUAGAACAGCUGGGAAUGGAGAUCGAACACGAUGACAACGAGACGGUAACGGAUUUCAAGACCAGAUUCGGGGUCAAGCUGCUUUGGAAGCAGGGUGUUAACGUGACGGCCUUGGAAGAGGAAGAUUUACGCUGUGGUGGUUUGGUGCUUUCUUCGAACAUGACACUGAACAGUAAUCAGCGGCUUAGUGAAUUGGCGGCGGAUUGCAUGGUCCAGCGAUGUCAUUUCCGUAAGAACGGACCGGACAUUUGUCCGCCCGAUUAUAAGGAAAGUGACAACAAAGUGUUUUGGAUUUAUUUUGGCUUGCGUUUAUUGGCGACUACAAUGUUAUCUGCGGGUGUGACGAUCAUGGAUCCGAUUGCGCUUACGAUGAUUGAGAAAUACGGCGGAGAUUUUGGACGGGAGCGUUUGUUUUCUAGUAUAGGAAUGGCCAUUUUUUCUCCCAUCACUGGCAUCAUGAUCGAUUUCUUCUCCAAAGACUUAGGCUAUACAGAUUAUUCGGCAGCUUUUUAUACGUACGAUAUACUGCUGAUAAUCUCUUCGAUAUCUGUAUUCUUGAUGCCAUUGGGAGAGAAGCUUCCUGCGGAUAAUGUAUUCAAGGAUCUGCUGAACUUGCUCAAGCUGAAGCAUGUUAUUAUCUUCAUUUGGUUCUUGUUUUUGUUGGGUAAUUUCUGGGGUUUCAUUGAAAGCUUUCUGUUCUUAUACUUGAAGGAGUUGGGAGCUCCCAACUAUUUGUUAGGAAUAACUAUAACUGUUGGAACGGUUAGCAGUAUUCCGUUCCUGUACGGCGCAGGACGUAUCACCAAGAUAGUCGGCCAUGUAAAUUUGAUAGUGAUUGCUUUUAUUGCUCAUGCUUGCCGUCUUGUGGGAUACUCCUUGAUUGAAAAUGCCUGGUGGUGCUUUCCCUUUGAAGCUAUGGAGGCACUCUCCUGCCAUCUUAUGUGGGUUGCCGCGGCUACUUAUUGCGCAUUGCUGGCACCCAAAAAUCUUCUUGCUACUUUGAUUGGUGUCCUUGGAAUGGCUCAUUUCAGCUUGGGUCGUGGAAGUGGAUCGUUUUUCGGUGGUUUCCUGAUUGGUGAAGUUGGCACAAGAGAAGCUUUCCGGUAUAUGGGUCUCGUGGCCGUAGCUGGUGGUUUGGCAUACAAAUUUAUUCACGCGAUUUGGCUGAGAAAGUACGACAAUCCUGACCUCGACGACGAUGCCGCCGAGAACGGCGAAGCGGACAAACUAACCGACACCAAGGACAGUGACGAGCCCAAAACGAAAGACCAGGGCACGUCCAUGUCGCAGGAACGGCUCUCGCUGAUGAUCAAGUACAACCAAAUCGGUUCACUAACGUCGCUGCCUCGGGGCUCCCGGGGUGAUGUUAACGACUCAUUGUCAAGAAGACGCAGCAGUUACAACAUAGAAUUCGUCCGAGUACCCAAGGGUGGAGGCAGUGCAUCCAAGGUUGACCUGCUUAAAUCGGCUCUGGAGAUUAACCACAAAGUAUCGCAACCGCAUCUCCGAAAAGAGGGCAAAGCUUCGGAUCAGUCACUAAACUCGAAGCGGGCCGACAGCGCACCGAGAUUGAAUCCUUCCAAGAACAUCUCCCAGCCGGCGCUCAGUGCUGUGGUCGAUGAGGCAGGAGCCCCGUUCGUACUAAGCCGACACAGGAAGAAGCAUCAUCAAAGUGGUAUACUGGUUAUCAAGGUUACUAAUCAGGAUGGUGAAGUUGAUUUGAGAAACUUCCUGCGGGAAACGGAUCGCCGCGAUUCGAUUACCGAAGCCGAUCUGGACCAACUCAAGGCAGAGUUAACCGCUCAGACGCGUUCCCAUGUGCUGAACGAUAUUCCGGAACGUCCAGUAGAUCCAAGUGAUUUAGUCGGAUUUGGUUCACAGGUUACUAGUACUGUUCCGCAAAGCGUUCCAAUUCCUCCGAAACCGGAUCAAGAGACAACCAGUAGUACGCCUGACAGCAAUGGAGUGGGACAUCUCGAAGAGACCAGUAUAACAAACAAUGGGAAGAGUUCUAACGAAACUUGAGAGUUUAUGCAGUUGCAGUUUAUAAACAAGUAAAAUCAUAGUUCCAAUAGAUAUUAACACUUCAAGUGAAAGAAUUUGUUAAGACGAAUUUCCCAACAAUCCAUGCGGUUGUAGGUUUUCCAAUGUUUUGUUAAUAAAUAAACAUAGAAAGUAUGA